CGUGGAAUCCCUCCCAAGAGGCCGCCGCGGAAGCGGAAGGCCUGGCAAGCGCGUGCUCCAUUCGCUUCGUUCAGUAUGCUCGCUGCCAUCGUCGCCGCGUCGCUCUCCCUCCUGCUCCGCCCUUCGAUUCACAUCUCUCGCCCGAACGGAGCCGCCGCCGCUGCCAACGUGGCGCCCUGCCUUGCUGUUGCCUCCGCGCCCAGCCGUGCCACCGCUCUGCUGAUGGCUGGCCCUCGGAAGACUCAGCCAAAAUCCGCCAAAAAGGCCAAGGCCAAGCCUGCCCCGCCUUCCCCGCCGCCUCAGUGGAAGCAGGACGUCGACGCCAAGAUUGAGGCAAAGAAGGCAGAGAUCGCUGGCAGCGUUGCGGCGGCAAAGGCGGAGGCGGCGCGGCUCGCGGCGCUUCCGGGCCAGAAGGCUGAGGAGGCGCAGCAGGCGGCGGCGGCGGCGCAGGCGGCGGCGGAGGCAAAGGUCGAGGCGGCAAAGCAGGCGGCGACCGAGGCGCAGGAGGAGGCGGCGCGGCUGGCGGCGCUGCCGGGGCAGACGUUCGCGGCCGCCGAGCUGGCGCUGAGCCGUCCGCUCAAGAUAUUGAGCCUGGAGGAGGAGGAGGCGGAGCUGCGCCUUCAGCUCGAGGCGCUGGUCGCGUCGCAGCGCGGGGUGGAGGAGACGCUCGGCCGCGUGACGGCGGAGCGCGCGGCGCUCGAGAGGGAGGACGCGGAGGCGGCGGCGGGCGGCGAGACAGUCAUCGGCAAAGUCGUGCCCAUCGCGGCGGGCGUAGGCAAGGCCGUCGCCGCCGUCAACCGCCUCACCACCUCGCUGCCCCUCCCCAAGAAGGCCGAGUGAGCGGGCGGCGCGAGGAGGCGAGGACGGCAUGUGGACUCGUGUGCAGCGCGCGGCGGUCUCUACUCUCUCACUCUCCCAUGCAUCUCUCCGGACAGCGCUCUGGCUCUCCUUCUCUCAUCUCUGUGCCGGUCCCAGCGGGAGAGAGAGAGAGCUAGCCGGGCUAUCAGGAGUGUCUACGGUAUGUGUGUGUGUUGCGCUGCGGUGUACCUACAUCGAAACGACGACUCCGUUUCACGGCUGGCAGAGCGCGUGUCGCGGUGGCAUGUUAGAUUGUGCGAGUACAUAUUGGACAAAAGCGUCUCG